CCCAGUGAUCGAUUAGCUUCAGCAGCUACCUCGGUCACACACCGAUCGAGAGCAGCUAGCUAGCAAUGGCGGCCAUGGAGAUCGGCGCACCGGGGAGCUCGCUGCACGGCAUGACGGGGCGCGAGCCGACGUUCGCCUUCUCCACGGAGGAUGCCGCGGCGGCGAGCAAGUUCGACCUGCCGGUGGACUCGGAGCACAAGGCCAAGAGCAUCCGGCUCUUCUCCUUCGCCAACCCGCACAUGCGGACCUUCCACCUGUCGUGGAUCUCCUUCUUCACCUGCUUCGUCUCCACCUUCGCGGCGGCGCCGCUGGUGCCCAUCAUCCGCGACAACCUCAACCUCACCAAGGCCGACAUCGGCAACGCCGGCGUGGCCUCCGUGUCGGGCUCCAUCUUCUCCCGUCUCGCCAUGGGCGCCGUCUGCGACCUCCUGGGCCCGCGCUACGGCUGCGCGUUCCUCAUCAUGCUCGCCGCGCCCACCGUAUUCUGCAUGUCGCUCAUCGACAACGCCGCGGGCUACAUCGCCGUCAGGUUCCUGAUCGGCUUCUCGCUGGCGACGUUCGUGUCGUGCCAGUACUGGAUGAGCACCAUGUUCAACAGCAAGAUCAUCGGCACCGUCAACGGGCUGGCCGCCGGCUGGGGGAACAUGGGCGGCGGCGCCACGCAGCUCAUCAUGCCGCUCGUCUACGACGUCAUCCGCAAGUGCGGCGCCACGCCCUUCACGGCGUGGCGGCUCGCCUACUUCGUGCCGGGGUCGCUGCACAUCCUGAUGGGCGUCCUCGUGCUCACCCUCGGGCAGGACCUCCCCGACGGCAAUCUCAGGACCCUGCAGAAGAAGGGCGACGCCAACAAGGACAAGUUCUCCAAGGUGAUGUGGUACGCCGUGACCAACUACCGGACAUGGAUCUUCGUCCUCCUCUACGGCUACUGCAUGGGCGUCGAGCUCACCACCGACAACGUCAUCGCCGAGUACUACUACGACCACUUCGACCUGGACCUCCGCGUCGCCGGCAUCAUCGCCGCCUGCUUCGGCAUGGCCAACAUCGUGGCGCGGCCCCUGGGCGGGAUCCUCUCCGACGUCGGCGCGCGCUACUGGGGCAUGCGCGCGCGCCUCUGGAACAUCUGGAUCCUCCAGACCGCCGGCGGCGCCUUCUGCCUCUGGCUCGGCCGCGCCAGCACGCUCCCGACCUCCAUCACCGCCAUGGUGCUCUUCUCCUUCUGCGUGCAGGCGGCCUGCGGCGCCAUCUUCGGCGUCACCCCGUUCGUGUCCCGGCGCUCCCUCGGCAUCAUCUCCGGCAUGACCGGCGCCGGCGGCAACUUCGGCGCGGGGCUGACGCAGCUGCUAUUCUUCACGUCGUCCAAGUACUCCACGGGGACGGGGCUGGAGUACAUGGGGAUCAUGAUCAUAGCGUGCACGCUGCCGGUGGUGCUGGUGCACUUCCCGCAGUGGGGUUCCAUGCUCUUCCCGGCCAACGCCGGCGCCGACGAGGAGCGCUACUACAGCUCGGAGUGGAGCGAGGAGGAGAAGAGCAAGGGGCUCCACAGCGCCAGCCUCAAGUUCGCCGAGAACAGCCGCUCCGAGCGCGGAAGGCGCAACGUCAUCGAGGCCGCCGCCGCCGCCACGCCGCCAAACAACACGCCGGAGCACGUCUGAGGCGUACAGUAAGAGCAUAUAUAGGCGCCUGCUGUUUGUGCGCAUGAAUCUUCCUAUAUACAUGUAUACGGCAGCAAUUCAAUAAAGGUUGUGAGGCACAUAUGUACGUACUAUAGUGAGUACACAUUUUACAUUUUGUUGUGUAAUAAUAAAGUAUUAUAUUGCUCUUGUACAAAAUGAGAAGGAAUUACCAUCCUUUACCCUUUAUAAGGCCAUUUUUGUAAAAGUUGCCUUCUUAAAGUGUAAAAGUUGCAUCAGUAGAUAAAUAGUA